AUGGCCGAAGCAAACGAAAAUGAGCUUUUUGUGCCAUGGAGUAUAUCAACUUCAGUACCGAUUACUCUUGCCGUAAUAUGGGUACUUCUCUACUAUCUCUACAUCCGGCAUUGCCCAAAGCCGAUUCCAGGAAAUAUCCCUUACAAUAAAUCGUCCGCAAAUCGAAUUUUAGGCGAUACACCGGAAAUAAAGCAGUACCAAAAGACGGGAGAUUUUCGGAGAUUUUUCCGCGAUCAUAAUGCAAAACUGAACACCCCGAUUUCCCAAGUCUUCAUGUUCCCAUACUCCAAGCCGUUUAUUCUCAUAACGGAUUUUCGCGAAGGCUAUGAUAUUUUGUCAAGGAGACACCGAGAAUUUGAUAGGAGCAAGAGAAAUGCGGACAUUUUCGGAACUAUUGUACCAAAUUUUCAUCUUGCGAUGCAGACACAAGAUCCACGAUUUAAGGGGAAUAAAGAGCUUGUAAGGGAUUUAAUGACACCAACAUUCCUCAAUGAAGCGACUGUACACAUUUACGACAUCGCCACUGUGUUGGUCGACAUGUGGGCAUAUAAGUCUACUCAAGCUGCUGGACGUCCUUUCCCUGCAUACGAGGACCUCCACUGUGUAGCUCUCGAUAUUAUUCUUGCGGCAGCCUUUGGUAUUCCACUUGAGCAGUCAGCAACACACAAGCAAUUCGAAUUCUUACAGCUUCAGCCGCCCAUAAUUAGAUCGUCAAAAUCCAAAGAUGACCCAGUCAUCUACAGCCAAAUUCCUUUAUCUGAAUCCCUCAUGGCUCUUAUUAAGGUAACAGGAACGGUAGUGGUAGGAUACAAAUCUCCAUUCCCGCGCCUCCAUCAUUGGAUUUUGAAGAACACAAUAUGGCGCAAAGAUUUUGCUCAAAAAGAGGCCUUCAUUACAGAUCAAAUCAACAAAAGUGUUGAGAGAUUAACUUCAGAAAAUACUCAGGAGAGUCGUAUGAGAUGCGCGAUGGACAUGAUGCUACUAAGGGAGAUUGGCUACGCGAAAAAGGAAGGGAGAAAGCCAAACAUCAACGCGCCCAGAAUGAGAGAUGAGUUAUUUGGUUACGUAGCUACCGGACAUGACACUUCAUCCACAACACUGUCAUGGAUCACUAAGUUUUUAACCGAUAAUGAAUCUUCCCAAGCUAAGCUUCGUCACCAAUUACAUUCUGCCUUUGCAGAAGCUCAUGCGGAAAAGCGCCAGCCAACUGUGAUGGAGAUCAUCGAAAAACCAGCACCAUUCCUUGACGCCUUCUUGGAGGAGUGUUUGAGGCUUGCAAAAACACUCCCCACCAUCUUGCGCGAGGCUUUAACCGAUGUCACUAUACUAGGCCAUUCAGUUCCCAAAGGCACUGGAAUUAUCAUCUAUAAUCAUGGGCCUGGAGGACAGUUAGAAUCUGGAUUUGACAUUCCUGAGUCGGCCAGGUCUGAUACAUCACAAGACUCAAAGCACCGCGUUGGGGAAUGGAAUACAGAUGAUAUCAGUUGCUUUCGACCGGAACGGUGGUUACAACGGAUGACAGGAGUACAAUAUGAUGGCGAACGCGAUGCAGAAUUUGAAGGAGCCAACUAUAACGCUAACUCUGGGCCUUUUCUAACAUUUGGGGGUGGACCUCGUGGCUGUUUUGGAAAGAAAUUGGCAUACAUGGAACUGCGAAUUGUGUUAGCGAUGCUGGUUUGGAAUUUCGAAUUUCAGCCUUGCCCAGCGGAACUCAGCUCCUACGAAGGCAUUGACAUGGCAACUGUUGUUCCAAAGCAAUGCUACGUGAGAUUAAAGCAGCUUCUAUAG